UUUAACGUUUCAUGGUUAUGACAGUUUAUUUUUUAAAAAACGAGGCCUGAAUCUACAGAAUGAAGUCAAGCAAAGUUGAAAGCAUUGAUCAGUACUCAAAUUUAUGCCAACAGGGCCAUAUCCUUCAGGAUUUCCUUGGACAUGACAACUUUAACUAAGUGUAAGCACCACCAUAAGGGACCUUCAUUACCAUGCCCCAGGUUUACAGCUCAUAUGAAGAUCUCACCUGGUACUCAUGAGUCAACCUAUAUGCUUGGUACCACAUUCCAGGAUCUUCCAGUCAAAGAGAUUAAUCAAAACAGGGAAAUCAUUUCUACUCAGAGAUGUCCAUGGAAAAAUUCAGGCUCUUUUAGAAGAGGACAGAAACAGGUUUUUCAAACAAAAUUACCCAUAUACAGAGAAUAUAAAGUUCCAAAAUUACCUCCACCCAGCUUGGCUUCUAGUGAGGAAGAUCUAGCUCAUGUAGUUAUUCACCCACAUGCUCCAUCAAUGAGAAACCAAGAGGUGCCUCUGGCAGAAGCUACUAGGUCAACAGAAGAAAAAAAAGAACCUGAAGGUCCUAAACUCCUAGGACAGAACACAGAAAUUAAUGAAGAUACUGGAUUAGAUGAGUUGGACAGGGUUCAAGACAGCACUAUUCCAUUGGUCUCUGAAACGGAAAGUACUUGUUCAAACAUCAGUAGGUCAACUUCAAGUGUGAUUAGCAACCAGACUUCAUUCAGCUUUGAAAGAGAUACUGACUGGUCAGAUUUUUCUAGAAAGCUUUCUAGUGCUACCAUCAGCAGAAAGGGGAGCACACCUCUUUCUCAGCUUCGCUCUUCCUCCUUUUCCAUGUCUGCAAUGGCUUCCUCAGACACAGAACUUGAAGCAGACAGUAGCAGCAGCCAAGUCUCCAACCAGUCCGCUCUACAGAAAGGCUCUCUUUUGGUGGCAAAUGGUUACUGCAACAAUAUUCUGAACCCCAGCCUGAACAGUUCCAGUUACCAUGGAACUGCAAACAAUCUCCAGGCUUCUUCAUAUUCUGUGAAAAAAUGCUCAGGGCAAACACCGUCUUUCGUAGAAAUUUGGCAUGACCGUCUCCUUCACCACUGGCCUGUUCUUCCACCGAUCUCCCCACAAAGAGCAUUUUCAGAUACUUCAUGUCAUGUCAGAUCUCAAGUAACUGAACUUACCAGUGGUAUGCAGGAGGCAUUUGAAGAACUUGAAGGAAUUAGUAUAUUUUCAGGCUCCUCUUUGUCCCAGGAGAACAGAAGUGACUCCUUCGAUGAAACUAGCACACAUCUAUCAGAAGCUUCCCAAAGAGCAGUGUCUUUGAGCAUUGGAUGUAUAAGUGAAGAUGAAUCUCUUACUGAAGUCAGACUUUCCUUGUUGGAUCACCAGAACUGGGAAAAGGCAGAUCAAGACACUGGUAAUCAGAAUAAUAUGGAGGAAUGGGGCAAUGCCACAGAAGACAUUUCAGGACUUAAGAUAAAAAAUAUUAUUGGAUGUACUGCCCUAGAUGCCAAUGGCUUCCUGCUUCAUCCUGCACCUGCCUUCUUGAAAGAAAACAAGACAUCAGAUACUUAUUCAAAUAAUGGAAUAGCUGAUCAGCAGAGUAUCUACACAAUGUCUGAUGGAAUAAUAUCAGGAAAUACUCUGAAGAAUGAAGCAGUGCAGCCAAAUAAAGAUGGGAGAAUAAAAUCAUCUACAACUGGAGCCUCUUUGGGUAAAGGCUAUGGUUCAGCCUUCCAAUUGACAGACAUGAAUGAAACUGCACCCAAGAUGGAGAAUGGGGAAGCUCACUUUACUGGGCAAACACACAAGAUUCAGGAUUGUACAGGAUUGGAAAAACCAGCUGAAGAUUCCCAUGAGGAAAGCUAUUGUAUUGGAGCUGAGACGCGUAGAGAUUCUCAAAAUCCUGCAAACAGAGAGAGCCAUUUUAAACCGGACAAUGGCAGCUUGCAAGAAAUAGAACAACAGCAAAAAGCAAAAGAAAGGCAAGCACAAGUCCUACACAUUUACUCAAAACUCUGCGAGACUCAAGCCCCUGCACACCAAGCACCUGAGACCACGACUAUCUCAAAAUUUGAGGAUUUCGACUUUUUGGCAAAAUACUGCAUCUUCAGCCAGGAGAAGUUGGCUAAGUACAAAAGGGCUUUUGAAGCGGUGGAUACCGAUGGAGAUGGCUACUUGAACUGCAUGCAAGUUUUGAUGGCACUGAAAGAAAUAGUCCCUUCAGAAGCUUUAACUGAUGCAGAAGAACUCUAUGUAUACAGGAUUUUAGAGAUUGUUGACUAUUAUGUAACAGAUGGCCUGACAGACCUCCGACUCUUUGCAGUGAUGGCUAACUUGGCGCAGAAAAUAGCAUCACUAGACAAUUUUAUGAAAUCAUUGAUUGGUCGCAUGGAUUUUAAGGCCCUGGAAUUGAAAAUAUACAAAGCUAAGCAAUUAUUUUUGUGGAAUAUCGAUUCUCAGUCUUGCAGCUUCACUGUGGACCAGUUUUUGGUCGAACUGAAGGCUGGAGGGAUAAGUGAAGAACACGAGGCAGCUGUACAAAGGGAACUGCAACAUAUUAAAAAACUAGAUGUUCUGGAUUUCCUUACUUACCUGCCACUCUUUGUUCUUAUCCAUAACUCUGUCAUUGCCAAUCCACUGGAUGAUUCAAGAACAAUUUAACAAACUACGUCAACUCUAGCAGAAGGGAAGUUGGUUUGUCAUGAAGACUCUUAAGGCUAUGUCUAUAUGUACAGCUUCCCUGUCUAGCCCAGGAAAACCACCAAAAAGACAAGCACCGUCCACUCACUCCCACUUCUCCUGUGCCCACAUCUAACAGUUAGGCAGAACAGACAAAUCAGUGUACACGGCUCUCAGGUUUUCUUAAGACAAAGGACUUGAGAGGAUUCCUGAGCCCUUCUUUCUCC